AUGUACUCGUCGGGCUACGACCACAACACGUCGCGGUCGCCCAUUGCCCAACGAUCCCAGCCCCAAACAGGCUCUUUGCACCGCAUGCCAUCGCGCCAGUUCGACGCCUACGGCCAAGUCCCGCAACAGCAAAACAUGUACGCCCAAGACGACCACCAGCGCCCCUACGACCACCAGCGCAACUACGAGCGCCUCAACCAGACCAUGCACGCUGGCGCUGCCUACGGCGCCUACGACAUGGGCUCUGCCACCGCCUGGAACACGAAUGCUUUUGCCCAAAACGGCUCUCUGGGCUCCCUGGGAGGUGCCGCCCAAGCCCGCAUCAAGUCGCAGCAGCGUCAAGGAGGCCGCAGCGCACUACCAUCGGGAUGGAUGGACCAGCAGCCUCAGGGUCUGCCCAGCUUCGCCCUCGGUAACUCCAACCUCAACACCAUGCAGAACACGAGCUACGGCCAUGACGUCGACGAGGAACUCAUCCCCACGGCCAUCGUCAUCAAAAAUAUCCCUUUUGCAGUCAAGAAGGAGCAACUGGUUUCGCUCAUGACAGAGCUGCGCCUGCCCCUUCCUUACGCCUUCAACUACCACUUUGACAAUGGCGUUUUCCGAGGUCUGGCCUUUGCCAACUUCACCACCGCAGAGGAAACCGCUGCCGUCAUUGAGUCGAUGAACCACUUUGAGCUCAACGGCAGGAAGCUGCGCGUCGAGUACAAGAAGAUGCUGCCCCUUGCCGAGCGUGAGCGCAUCGAGCGAGAGAAGCGAGAGCGACGCGGACAGCUCGAGGAACAACACCGGCCGCUUGGUGGCGGUCUUCAGUCCCAGGCAUCCUUUGGAUCUCUUGCCUCCCACAUGCCUGCCACAUCACCCUCACCCGUUUCAGCCAUGAGGGGCAGUGGACAAAAGACUGUCGAUGUUGACCUCAAUGACCCGCAAUCACUACAAUUUUACACCCAGCUUCUUCUGUUCAAGGAGGCCAAGGAUCGCGAUAGCAUGACUUUCCCCGCCAACCUGGCUCCUCUCCAGCGCCGUACCAUUCACACCUUGGCCCAUCAGCUCGGGCUUGCGCACAUUUCAAAAGGCACUGGUGAUCAGCGCCAGGUGCACAUCUUUAAGGUUUAUGAUACUCAGGGGCUCAGCCCCCCAAUGCCGCAAAUGGCCAGCAACCCUCUUGAGCAACCGCGCCGCAAUUUGAACCGCGCGGCCACGACAGAUUUCAGCGAUGUACGCGCAGAGGGUGGCUUUUAUAACGCCUUCAACAGGCAGCCAUCAGGUCUUCUCGGAUUCCCUGAUUCGCCUGGCGGCCUUAACGCGGUGCCCAAUCUUCGUGGCGCCAAGUCUUACGCAGAUCUCAGAUCUUACACGCCGUCACCUGCCCCUUCUACUGCUAGCCACCCCAUUGGUCGACCAGGUGGCAUCUCGCUCGAGGGUCUUGGCUAUAGUGGAAGCUCCACGAACCCCAAUGGCACCCCGACAAACAGCUCCAUGUCGCAGCGUGACGAUGGUUUACUAGAAAGGGAGAUGAGCCGAAUGCAGCUUUCAUCAGGAUACCCGCAGAACAGCAGCCCCCGAUCCUUGCGACAGAUGACGUCUUGGGACGCCCCUGGCCCAAUUGGCGGACACCGUACCUUUAGCACCAACUACGAUGACAGGCCAUCCCGACAACCUCGCGGACCGCUUCCUGAGCGAGGACAGGGCUUCAGCCGCCCGCGACAGAAUGGACACCAGAAUCGUGGCAGCGACGAGCUAUCAUCGCAAUCCAAUGUGGAGAUUCUUGUCGGCCAGUAG